AUGGUUCUUAAUACCGGAAUUUUAGAUUAUAGAUUAUUUCUCCUUCCCGUAUUUUUACCUGCUAUUUUAUCUAUACCAGCUUGGCCAUCAUUUGGAGGUGACGGUUAUUGGUGUUUCCAAAACAGGGAAACAAAAUUUAUCCCUUUAGCUUUACUUUAUGCAGAUAUUUUGAUAUUGAUGACAUCAUUAUUUUGUUAUAUUGGAAUAGUGCAUGAUAUUAAUGUUUCCCGGUUUAGAAAUGACCAAGAGAAUUUUUGUACAGCAAACAAAAAAAUCGUUGGGUACCUUUUCACAUAUAUUUUGCAGUGGACACCGGUUAUGAUCUAUAUAAUAGCUGACAUUGAACAGCAAGCGAAUAUGUGGGUUUUUUCUAUAUGUAUUACAUCAUUACCGAUAGGAGGAAUACUUAAAACUAAUCAGUGGCAGGAAUUGUCGGAAGAACUCUCAAAUGAUAAUCGAUCUCACCAAAUUAUAUCUGAAGAUCAGGAUCAUUCACAAGAUAAAAUUCAACCUCAAUCAUUAUCAGGAAAAAAUGACCUCAAACAUAAUUAG